GGUUUCCUUAGUCGAGCUGAGCUGACACAGCUUUCUUUCACCUGCGAGGUAAAAGAGAACUUGCCAGCGCUGCUUCAGGCUUGCCCUUUUCAUUCCGUCUUCACGUGCCAAGACGCGGUCUUCUCUCAAGUGGUCCCCCAAGUUUGUCUUGGGGGUGGCGGCAGGCAGUGAGACACCUCAGAUCAGAAGGACUCCGGUCCUCCUUCUAGAAGUCCCCACUUGGAGGGGUCAGAGGAGGGAAGGAAAGUCAUCGUUAAAUCGUAAUCUUAGUAGUCAUUUAACUGGGGAGCUAGUAACCGUUAACCAGGGGUCAGAGGAUGACCUGAGACCCCUGUCAAGAGAUCUGCCCAGAGCAAACCGGAUAGUUCAGGGACAGGUGGCAGUCCCUCCGCGGCCUCAUCAUGUACUCCAGAGCUUACAUCUUGCUGGAAAGAGAGUUCAAGGAGUUACAGCACAAGAGAAAUGAGGGCAUCACUGCUUUUCCUACAAGCGAAGACCUGAUGAGCUGGGAAGCUCAGAUUGAAGGGCUUCAGAACUCCAUCUGGGAAGGAUUUGUGUUCUACUUAUCAAUAGAUUUUACACCAGAGUACAACCUUGUUCCUCCAGUUGUGAAAUUUCUAACAAUUCCUUUUCAUCCAAAUGUAGACCCACAAACCGGUCAGCCCAGCAUAGACUUUUUGGACAACCAGGACAGCUGGAACACAAAUUACUCAAUAAGCAGCAUCUUACAUGCUAUACAGACGUUACUUUCUGAUCCUGUCCUAGAAAACCCAGUGAAUUUGGAAGCAGCCAAGCUGUUGGCUAAAGAUGAGUCUAUAUACAAAGAAGUAGUUCAGAAACUUUUCCAGCCAGCACCACCAGUAAAAGAGGGCGGCCUAGAGCUUUCUGAAAAGCCACCACAGUCUAUCAGAGUAAUUAAGACAAUCUCAUUUAAUGAUUACUACAAGACAUGGUCUACGAUAGCCACGUCACAAACAGCAGAACAAUCUAGAAAUCCAUUUGUUGGAGAUCCAAAAUUCAUGGGACAGUACUACAAAUGGAAGCAACAAAAUCGACAGCAUCAUAAACAAUGGAAGUUGAAGUUUGGGCUUGCUAAGUAUCGGUUUCCUAGAGAAAAUAAAUUGCCAGGGCGCAAUAGAGAUCCCUUCGUCCAAACAACAGUCGACUCAUCUCCAACCGAGCUGUCUUAUGAUUCUGAAAAAAGUGAACCAAGUUUUUAUGGACUAGGACAGAAAUGGAAACAUGAAAAUUGGUCAGAUGUUGAGUCAAACGAACCAUGGGAAGAGGAAGUGAACAACCUGGUGGCCUGGACCAAUGCUCUUGACCUACAGUCUUUGAACUAUGAUAAUUAACAUCCAAGGAUUUUCUACACCACCCCAUCAUCAUGCAGCCUCACUGGAGCAACCAUGGAAGAUGCUGAGAACCCGGGUCCUGCUCUCUACCCCUGUCGGUGCCAUCUUUCUGCAAGUAUAAAAUUCCAGUAUAAAUCAGUGAACUGCU